AUGAAUCUGCCUAUGCUACAGCCCGGAACAGUGUGGUGGAACGGUCAAGCCAAUGGACAGAAUGCCUCCCCUGACGACUACGUCCGCCCCGCCGUGCCCAACGCAUCAGUCGCAAGCACUGGACUAAUCACCGCUUCGUUGGAUUUGCAUGUACCAGAUUUUUCGACGCUGCGGAUUUCGGACGACUCACCCGACGCCAUCGCGUUCGAUGUGGACUUCCCGUUCGAGGACUUCAAGUUGGUGGUGGAUCAUAUGCACGAGUCGAGCUUGGCAAGUGAGCGCGACUUCGCGGUGCGGUUCGACCCCGAGAACGCGGCGUGA